AUGAGCUGCCCAUACAGAGUGCUUGGCGUUCCAAGGGGGUGCACGGCAGAAGAGCUGAAAAGGGCGUAUGUCAGGCGGGUGCGGCAGACCCACCCGGACAUCACAAAAAAAGACACGGCCAAGCAGUUUGUUGAGGUGCAGAGCGCAUACUACGUGCUGCACGAGGAUGUGGGCACAGGGAAGGGGAACAGAGAGCCAGAGCUGGACAGCAUGCCGUACAUGGUCAUAGAGGUGGACGCAGCGGCAGACAUCAAGUGCCGGUGUGGAACAGUGUACACACACACUGACGAGGUCGGGCUCGUGGAGUGCAUGACCUGCUCGCACUACAUAGAAAUAGUUCCCUCCGCAGGCAGAGAAUAG